UACCACCUCAAACAAAUGCCUAAAUGUAUUUGUUCCACAAAGGUGCGUGAGCUCGAGACUGAGGUGGAGGCCGAGCAGAGAAGAGGUGCAGACUCAGUCAAGGGAGUCCGGAAGUAUGAGCGCAGAGUCAAGGAGCUCACUUACCAGACUGAGGAGGAUAAGAAGAAUGUUAGCAGACUUCAGGACCUGGUAGAUAAGCUGCAGAUGAAAGUGAAGGCCUACAAGAGGCAUUCUGAGGAAGCGGAGGAAGCAGCAAACCAGCACAUGUCUAAGUUCAGGAAGGUUCAGCAUGAGCUGGAGGAGGCUGAGGAGCGUGCUGACAUCGCUGAGACUCAGGUCAACAAGCUCAGAGCCAAGACCCGUGACUCUGGAAAGGGAAAAGAAGUUGCUGAAUAAACAAGACCAAAGUAUUGAAGAUCAAAGUCUUACCAUUUUCCUGUGUUGCAUAAAAUAUGAUUUUCAUGGUGAAAUGUUGAGCAUUGAUUAAAAACAUGUGGAUCUACAUACA